CUUCACCCGUGAUUACCAGGCUGAUCCCUUCUACUUUUGCAGUUUUUUCCAGUCAGUUCCAGUGGUCCAUUUACACAGCAGCAUGUUGGAUCCGUCUUCCAGCGAGGAGGAAGGGGAUGAGAUGCUCGAGCGGAAGGAGGUGGCGGCCCAGAAGAGCCCGGCGGGAGCGCGGCUGUCCCCGGGCCGAGCCGCCGACUGCCAUGGCGGCGGAGCGGGGCUGCAGCCGCGGGGCCGCGGCUCCGGGGGCCGGCCCUGCAGCCCCAGCCCCUCCGUGGGCAGCGACAAGGAGAAGGAGGAUCUGGAGAAGAUGCAGAGAGAAGAGGACGAGAAAAAGAAGAGGCUCCAACUGUAUGUGUUCGUGAUGCGCUGCAUCGCUUAUCCAUUCAACGCCAAACAGCCCACUGACAUGGCCAGGAGGCAGCAAAAGAUUAAUAGGCUGCAGCUGCAGACCAUCAAAGAUCGCUUUGAGGCAUUCCUCAGUGGAGAAACUCAGAUUGUGGCUGAUGAGGCUUUUAUCAACGCUGUCCAGAGCUACUAUGAGGUCUUCCUGAAAAGUGACCGAGUGUCCCGGAUGGUGCAGAGCGGCGGCUGCUCGGCCAGCGACUCCCGUGAGGUGUUUAAGAAGCACAUAGAGAAGCGGGUGCGCAGCCUGCCUGAGAUCGACGGUCUCAGCAAAGAGACAGUGCUGAGUUCCUGGAUGGCAAAGUUUGACACCAUCUAUCGGGGGGAAGAGGACCCCCGGAAGCACCAGCAGAGGAUGACAGCGAGUGCCGCGUCCGAGCUAAUCCUCAGUAAGGACCAGCUGUAUGAGAUGUUCCAGUCGAUUCUGGGGGUCAAGAAGUUUGAGCACCAGCUGCUCUACAACGCCUGCCAGCUGGACAACCCAGAUGAGCAGGCAGCUCAGAUCAGGAGAGAACUGGACGGACGACUGCAGAUGGCUGAUCAGAUUGCUCGACUUGGAGGAAGGUUCCCCAGGUUUGCCUCCAGGGAGAUGGAGGCCAUGUUCAUCGAGGAGCUGCGAUCCUCUGUCAACCUGCUGAUGGCAAACCUGGAGAGCAUGCCGGUGUCCAAAGGAGGAGAGUUCAAGCUGCAGAAGCUGAAGCGGGGCCACAACACCUCCAUCAUGGAUAUGGGCCAGGAGGACGAGAACACACUGUCCAAGUCUGAUGUGGUGUUGUCAUUUACCCUGGAGGUGGUGAUAAUGGAGGUGCAGGGUCUGAAGUCGUUGGCUCCAAACAGGGUAGUCUACUGCACCAUGGAGGUGGAGGGAGGACAUAAACUGCAGACGGACCAAGCUGAAGCCUCCAAACCCACUUGGGGUACACAGGGGGACUUCACCACCACCCAGCCGUUACCUGCUGUGAAGGUGAAGCUGUUCACUGAGAGCACAGGCGUCUUGGCUCUGGAGGAUAAGGAGCUUGGACGGGUUGUGCUCCACCCGACUCCCAACAGCACCAAGCAGUGUGAGCUCCACAAGAUGACGGUUUCUAAAGGCUGUCCAGACAGUGACCUCAAGAUCAAACUUGCCAUUCGCAUGGACAAACCACAGAAUAUGAAGCACUGUGGGUACCUUUGGGCUGUGGGCAAAAAUGUGUGGAAAAGAUGGAAGAGAAGAUUCUUUGUGUUGGUCCAGGUGAGUCAGUACACAUUCGCCAUGUGCAGCUACAGAGAGAAGAAGGCUGAGCCUGUGGAGCUUCUGCAGCUGGAUGGCUACACGGUGGACUACACAGACCCGCAGCCCGGUCUGGAAGGAGGUCGGACCUUCUUCAACGCCGUGAAAGAAGGAGACACGGUGAUCUUCGCCAGUGACGAUGAGCAGGACCGUAUUUUGUGGGUGCAGGCCAUGUACAGAGCCACGGGUCAGUCCCACAAGCCCGUGCCGCCCACCCAGGUCCAGAAACUCAACUCCAGAGGGGCCACGGUGCCGCAGCUCGAUGCGCCGAUAUCCCAGUUCUAUGCUGAUCGGGCCCAGAAGCACGGCAUGGACGAGUUUAUAUCAGCCAACCCCUGUAACUUUGAUCACGCCUCCCUGUUCGAGUCGCUGCAGCGCCUCACCCUCGACCACAGACUCAACGACUCCUACUCCUGCCUGGGCUGGUUCAGUCCUGGCCAGGUCUUUGUCUUGGAUGAGUACUGUGCUCGCUACGGCGUUCGGGGCUGCCAUCGGCACUUGUGUUACCUGAGCGAUCUGCUGGAGCGGGCGGAGAAUGGAGCCAUGAUUGACCCCACGCUACUUCAUUACAGCUUCGCCUUCUGUGCCUCCCACGUCCAUGGAAACAGGCCUGACGGGAUUGGUACGGUUACUGUGGAAGAGAAGGAGCGCUUUGAAGAGAUCAAAGAGAGGCUACGGGUUCUUCUGGAAAAUCAGAUUACACACUUCAGGUAUUGCUUCCCAUUUGGACGACCAGAAGGAGCGCUAAAAGCUACUCUGUCCUUGCUAGAAAGGGUUCUAAUGAAGGACAUUGUCACCCAAGUCGCACAAGAGGAUAUCAAAGCUGCGAUCAGGAAGUGUUUAGAACAAGCAGCCGUGGUCAACUAUCAGCGUCUGUCAGAGUAUGCAAAAAUCGAAGAGAAUGUAGGACGUUUAGUCACCCCUGCCAAAAAACUGGAGGACACCAUCCGCCUGGCUGAGCUGGUGAUUGAGGUGCUUCAGCAGAACGAGGAGCACCACGCUGAGGCCUUUGCGUGGUGGUCGGACCUGAUGGUGGAGCACGCCGAGACCUUCCUCUGCCUUUAUUCAGCUGACAUGGAUGCAGCCCUGGAGGUGCAGCCCCCAGACAGCUGGGACAGCUUCCCACUAUUCCAGCUGCUCAACGACUUCCUGAGGAUGGACUACAACAUGUGCAAUGGGAAGUUCCACAAACACCUGCAGGACCUGUAUGCCCCGCUGGUGGUGCGAUACGUAGACCUGAUGGAGUCGUCCAUCGCUCAGUCCAUUCACAGGGGCUUUGAAAGGGAAUCCUGGGAACCUGUUAAUAAUGGCUCAGGGACAUCAGAAGAUCUCUUCUGGAAACUUGAUGCCCUGCAGACAUUUAUCAGAGAUCUUCACUGGCCUGAAGAAGAGUUUGGAAAACAUCUGGAAACUCGUCUGAAACUCAUGUCCAGUGACAUGAUUGAAUCCUGUGUGAAACGGACACGAGCAGCGUUCGAGGUGAAGCUCCAGCGGAGCAGUCGCUCCACAGACUUCCGUGUGCCACAGUCCAUCUGCACCAUGUUCAACGUCAUGGUGGAUGCCAAGGCCCAGUCAGCCAAACUGUGCUCCAUGGAGCAGGGGCAGGAGAGACAGUACCACUCUCAGAUUGACAAUCUAAUUGAAGAGACGGUGAAGGAGAUGAUAACUCUGCUGGUUGCUAAGUUUGUAGUCAUUCUUGAAAGUGUGCUAUCCAAACUCUCCAGAUAUGAUGAAGGGACACUCUUUUCUUCCUUCCUAUCUUUCACAGUGAAAGCUGCCUCAAAGUAUGUGGAUGUACCUAAGCCGGGGAUGGAUGUUGCUGACGGUUACGUGACAUUUGUUCGUCACUCCCAGGACAUGCUGCGGGAGAAGGUCAGCGAGGAGGUGUACAUAGAGAGAUUAUUUGAUCAAUGGUACAGCAGCACUAUGAACCUGGUAGGAACAUGGCUGACUGACCGGAUGGACCUGCAGCUACAUCUUUAUCAGCUGAAGAUACUCAUCAGGAUUGUCAAAAAAAAGUACAGAGACUUCCGUCUUCAAGGGGUUCUGGAUUCCACGUUGAACAGCAAGAUGUAUGAGACCGUAAGAAACCGCCUGACGUUGGAAGAGGCCACGGCAUCCGUGAGGGAAGGAGGGAUGCAAGGCAUUUCCAUGAGGGACAGCGAUGAAGAGGAUGAUCACUAGAUAAAAGGGUCUGACGACCGCAGGAAUGUCAAAGCUUGUCGUAGGGUACACUGCCCGAGAACCCACAAAGCCUUCUCAUGAGGUCAGAACAGAUUGUUCUAACAUCAAACUUAUUUCUUCCAUUAUUUAAUAUCACAUUUUUAUUCUGUAACAGUUUCUGUUAGAAAGAAUAGACAAGAUAAAUGCAUAGUGUUUACACACAUUAUUGUAGCCGAUUCCCUAAUGAAAAUGAAGCUUUAACCCCAAAAAGAAAAAAAAAAAAGAUGUCCGAUUUCACUUGAACAAUAAGCAAGUUUCCAGAAUAUGAAGGAGAAGAAAUGAAGAAAUGCAUGUGCUGUGAAUUCUCACUUUGACGAGCAUCUUUCUAAAUGAGAAAAUUAAAGCAUUUGAAAGGAUAUGGAGAGUUUGGACCAGAGAGUUGCUUGUUACUAAACACUGGGCAACAAACACACCAACAUCUGCAUUUUGUCUUCAGUGCGAAAGGAAAUAAUUGGUUGUCGUGCCAGAGUCAGAAACCUCUGUGGUCGUCAUGGUACCUCUGGUUCCAGCUCUGAGCAGCAGAGAUGCAAACAGCCGGCUAAACAAGCUGAUCUAGACUCAGCGAGGGCUUGUCGCUUGUUACUUACGAUGGUGACUUGUGCAGCUCGUUGUCAUCUCGCUACAACAUUCUUGUUGUCUUGUGCCACCUCUCUGGAAGAUGUCAUGUCUGCAAUGCAUGUCUUGACUGCCCUCCAUACGGCGUCCUAGUCUGCCCUGACUCAGACGCUCGUGUGCUGUGAAACAGUCAAACGGAUCCAGAUGUGUGCUGUUUAAGCCCACAUCCAAAUCAUGAUGCAAUAUAUUCAGCUGUCUCUGGAAAAGAUGGUUACCUGCUAGUUUAAGAUCAGUUAGCAAAGUCCACCACAACAGGCGUAAACCUGAAACUCCAAGAUAAUGAUGACUAUGUCUUUCCCACAA